GGUCUUGUAGAAAGCAGAUCUGGGCAUAGCUACAAUGAUAGUGCUCUUGCUGGGCCUUCUCUGCUUUAGUCUUCCCUGGUCCUUCCAAGGCAAAUCAGCACUUUCCAAACUCUGUUGACCCCUCAGAGGGUUUCCUAAGUAUUCUGUGUUUGGGGUGAUUGCUUUGGGCAUGUUCGACCUUUCCUCAGAUGUCACUGAACUGUGCUUGUGUUGGCCUUCCGGGCACUGACCCUUAAGCAAAUAGAUAACGUUCUUGAAAAAGCUUGAAUUCUGUUCAAAGUUUUAUAAUGAUGAAAACUGAAGUUGGAAAAGGUUGUAAAACCCUCUGACUCUCCACAGUAGUAUCCACUGUUUUCUUCUGUCUUGCUCAAGUUUAUGUUCACGGGGUGGUUGGCUACAGAUUACAAUUACUAUGUCUGACUCAGUAAUUCUCCGCAGUGUGAAGAAAUUUGGAGAGGAGAAUAAUGGUUUCGAGUCAGAUGGAUCAUAUAACGAUGAUAAGAAAUCAAGGUCACAAGAUGAGAAGAAAAGUCGCAAGGUUCAAGUUGGCUUCUUUCAGUUGUUUCGGUUUUGUUCAUCGACUGACAUUUGGCUGAUGUUUGUGGGAAGUUUAUUUGCAUUUCUCCAUGGAAUGGCCCAGCCCGUCCUGCUACUUGUUUUUGGCACAAUGAUAGAUGUUUUUAUUGACUAUGACAUUGAAAUACAAGAACUCAAGACCCCUGGGAAAGAAUGUGUAAAUAACACCAUAGUAUGGAUCAACAGCUCCCUCAACCAGUAUGUGACAAAUGGAACGAGUUGUGGGUUGGUGAACAUUGAAAGUGAAAUGAUCACAUUUUCCAUUUACUAUGCUGGAAUUGGUAUUGGAGCAUUUAUCGCAGGAUACAUUCAUAUGUGCUUUUGGGUUAUUGCUGCAGCUCGUCAGAUACAGAAAAUCAGAAAAUCUUACUUUAGGAGAGUGAUGAGAAUGGAAAUAGGGUGGUUUGACUGCAAUUCAGUGGGAGAGCUCAAUACAAGAUUCUCUGAAGAUAUUAAUAAAAUCAACGAUGCCCUUGCCGACCAAAUAACCCUUUUCAUUAAGUACAUGACCACAUGCAUGUGUGGGAUCCUGAUGGGAUUUUUCAGGGGUUGGAAACUGACCUUGGUUAUUAUUUCUAUCAGCCCUCUCAUUGGGUUUGGAACAGCCCUCAUUGGUCUGAGUGUGUCCAAGUUUACUGAUUAUGAGCUGAAGGCCUAUGCCAAAGCAGGGUGUGUGGCUGAUGAAGUGAUUUCAUCUAUGCGAACAGUGGCUGCUUUUGGUGGUGAAAAAAGAGAGGUUGAAAGGUAUGAGAAAAAUCUUGUGUUUGCCCAGAAAUGGGGAAUUAGAAAAGGGAUCGUGAUGGGAUUAUUUACUGGAUACUGCUGGUGUCUCAUCUUCCUAUGUUAUGCACUGGCCUUUUGGUAUGGCUCCCAACUCGUCCUGGAUGAAGGAGAAUACACAGCAGGAACCCUGGUCCAGAUUUUCCUCAGUGUCUUAGUAUCAGCUUUAAAUCUUGGCAAUUCAUCUACUUGUCUGGAAGCCUUUGCAACUGCACGAGCAGCUGCCACCAGUAUUUUUGAGACUAUAGACCGGCAACCAGUCAUUGACUGCAUGUCAGAAGAUGGUUACAAGUUAGAUCGAAUCAAGGGUGAAAUUGAAUUCCAUAAUGUGACAUUCCACUAUCCCUCCAGACCAGACGUGAAGAUUUUGAAUAACCUCAGCAUGGUCAUUAAAUCAGGGGAAAUGACGGUUCUGGUAGGAUCCAGUGGAGCUGGGAAAAGUACAGCGCUGCAACUCAUUCAGCGAUUCUACGACCCCAGUGAAGGCAUGGUGACCCUGGAUGGCCAUGACAUUCGCUCUCUUAACAUUCAGUGGCUUAGAGCUCAGAUGGGGAUAGUGGAGCAAGAGCCAGUUCUGUUCUCCACUACUAUUGCAGAGAAUAUUCGCUAUGGCAGAGAAGAUGCGACGAUGGAAGAUAUAGUCCAAGCUGCCAAGGAAGCCAAUGCCUACAACUUCAUCAUGGCCCUGCCUCAGAAAUUUGACACUCUUGUUGGAGAAGGCGGAAGCCAGAUGAGUGGCGGCCAGAAACAAAGAGUAGCCAUUGCUAGAGCCCUUGUCCGCAACCCCAAGAUCCUAAUUUUGGACAUGGCCACCUCAGCAUUGGACAAUGAGAGUGAAGCCAUGGUACAAGAAGCACUGAGUAAGAUUCAGCAAGGACGUACAAUCAUCUCAGUCUCCCAUCGCCUAUCCACCGUUAGAGCUGCAGAUGUCAUCAUUGGGUUUGAACAUGGCACAACAGUGGAAAGAGGCACCCACAAAGAACUGUUGGAAAGGAAAGGAGUUUACUUCACUCUAGUGACUUUGCAAAGUCAAGCCCUUAACGAAAAGGAUGUGCAGGAUGCAACUGAAGAUGCCUUACUUGAGAGAAAAAAAACCUUUACCAGAGGGAGUUACUGGGAGAGUUUAAGAGCUUCCAUCAGGCAACGCACCAAGUCUCAGCUUUCUCAACUGGCACAUGAACCUCCAUUAACUGUUCCAGAUCAUAAGUCUACUUAUGAAGAAGACAGAAAGGACACAGACAUUCUUGAGGAAGAGGACGCUGAACCCGCCCCGGUCAGGAGGAUUCUGAAAUUGAAUGCUCCGGAGUGGCCCUACAUGCUGGUAGGGUCUGUGGGUGCAUCUUUCAACGGGGCAGUCACACCCCUCUACGCCUUCUUAUUCAGCGAAAUUCUUGGGAUUUUUUCAAUUCCUGAUAAAGAGGAGCAAAGGUCACAGAUCAAUGGUGUGUGCCUACUCUUUGUAGUAGUGGGCGUUGCAUCCUUUUUCACCCAAACUUUGCAGGGAUAUACAUUUGCAAAAUCAGGGGAGCUCCUCACAAAAAGGCUACGUAAAUUUGGUUUCAAGGCAAUAUUAGGGCAAGAAAUUGGCUGGUUUGAAGACCUCAGAAAUAGCCCUGGAGCACUGACAACAAGGCUCGCUACAGAUGCUUCCCAAGUUCAAGGGGCUGCCGGCCCUCAAAUUGGGAUGAUUGUCAAUUCCUUCACUAACAUCACUGUGUCCAUGAUUGUUGCCUUCUUAUUCUGCUGGAAGCUAAGCUUGGUCGUUAUGUGCUUCUUCCCCUUCUUGGCUUUAUCAGGAGCUAUACAGACCAAAAUGUUGACGAGAUUUGCCUCACGAGACAAGGAAGCUCUAGAGACUGCAGGACAGAUUACAAACGAAGCCCUCGGUAAUAUCCGCACUAUUGCUGGUAUUGGGAAGGAGAGGUGGUUUACUGAAGUGUAUGAGGCUGCGCUGGAGAAGCCAUUCAAGGCGGCCAUUCAAAAGGCGAAUAUAUACAGCUUCUGCUUUGCUUUUUCCCAGAGCAUAACAUUUAUUGCUACUUCUGUGUCCUACCGAUAUGGAGGUUACUUGAUCUUCUAUGAGGGACUGCACUUCAGCUAUGUGUUCAGGGUGAUUUCUGUGUUUGUCCUGAGUGGGAUGGCUCUUGGAAGAGCCUCCUCUUACACGCCAAGCUAUGCCAAGGCUAAAAUAUCAGCUGCACGCUUUUUUCAACUGCUGGACCGGCAACCCCCAAUCAAUGUAUACAGUAGUGCAGGUGAAAAGUGGGACAACUUCCAGGGGAAAAUUGACUUUGUUGACUGCACAUUUACGUAUCCUUCUCGGCCUGAUGUACAAGUUCUGAAUGGUCUCUCAGUGUCUGUCAGUCCAGGGCAGACCCUGGCAUUUGUUGGAAGCAGUGGAUGUGGUAAAAGCACCAGUAUUCAGCUGUUGGAACGUUUCUAUGAUCCUGACAAAGGGAAGGUGAUGAUAGAUGGCCAUGACAGCAAAAAUGUAAAUAUCCAGUUCCUCCGCUCGAAUAUUGGAAUUGUUUCCCAGGAACCAGUGUUGUUUGCCGGUAGCAUAGCAGACAAUAUCAAAUAUGGGGACAACACCAAAGAAAUUCCCAUGGAAAGAGUCAUAGAAGCUGCAAAGCAGGCUCAGCUGCAUACCUUUGUCCUGUCCCUCCCAGAGAAAUAUGAAACUAACGUUGGUGCUCAGGGGUCUCAACUCUCUCGAGGGGAGAAACAACGCAUUGCUAUUGCUCGGGCCAUCCUACGAGAUCCUAAAAUCUUGCUACUAGAUGAAGCCACGUCUGCCCUGGACACAGAAAGUGAAAAGACUGUGCAAAUUGCCCUGGACAAAGCCAGAGAGGGUCGGACCUGCAUUGUCAUUGCUCAUCGCUUACCCACCAUCCAGAACUCAGAUAUCAUUGCUGUCAUGUCACAGGGGGUAGUGAUUGAAAAGGGGACCCAUGAAGAAUUGAUGGCCCAGAAUGGAGCCUACUACAAUCUAGUCACCACAGGAACCCCCAUCAGUUGACCUGACUCAAAAGUGUCAUGGGCAGGUGAUGCACCAAUUACAGG